AUGGAAAUGACUGCUUCAUCUGCUGGUGGAAAUUUAUCCAAUAUAAAUUCAUAUUCAGAUAAUGCUAAUUUCUAUACAAAGAGUGAACCUAAUUCAUGGGUAAAAGCUGAUCUAAAGGGAUAUAAAUUAAAACCAAAAUCAUAUAUUCUACGAUCAUCAUAUGGUUUUUCUUGUAGUUUAUUGAGAAGAUGGAUGCUAGAAGGUAUCAAAGAAGAUGGAACAUCUAUUGUAUUAGAUAAUCAAUACUAUGAAUUUCAACUCAAUGAAAUCAAGGAAUUUCCACUUCAAACUAAUGAUUAUUUUGUUGCUUUCAAAAUAACACAAACAGGAAAGGAUUCAAAGAAUCGGGACUAUUUGAGUAUUACUGUUUUUGACUUCAAAGGAGAAUUAAUAAAAUUUUAA